AAUUUCCCCCUCCUUUUCUGUCUUUCCUUCGACUCGCGCUCUAAAUCCGCCGCCCCGAGGUUCCAAACCCUAGCUUCUUCCCAUCGUCCACGAACCCUAGAUCCCAAACCACCGCCCGUCAUCCCCUGAUCGCCGUACCUGACCCUUCUCUUUGCAGUCGAUUCUACCCCGACGAUUCUACCCCGAUCCGCUCGUUUCUCUUUUCCUCCGUCCCCGAGAUCACGAGGCAAGAUGGUGGAGGCGAAGGACAACGAGGUGUACGAGGAGGAUCUCGUCGACUACGAGGAGGUGGAGAAUGUCGCCGACGGCGCCACAACCAACGGCUCCGCCGAUGUCGUCAAGAAGGGGUACGUGGGGAUCCGCAGCUCGGGGUUCAGAGACUUCCUGCUCAAACCGGAGCUUCUCCGUGCCAUCCAGGACUGCGGAUUUGAGCAUCCUUCCGAAGUGCAACAUGAAUGCAUCCCUCAAGCCAUUCUUGGAAUAGAUGUUAUCUGUCAAGCAAAGUCAGGGAUGGGUAAGACUGCGGUUUUUGUCCUAUCAACUCUUCAGCAGAUUGAUCCUGUUGCUGGCCAAGUAGCUGCACUUGUGUUGUGCCACACAAGAGAGUUAGCUUACCAGAUUUGCCAUGAAUUUGAGAGAUUUAGCAAAUACCUGCCUGAAUUAAGAGUCGCUGUCUUCUAUGGUGGUGUUCACAUAAAAAAUCAUAAGGAUCUGUUGAAGAAUGAAUGCCCCCAUAUUGUGGUUGGCACGCCUGGAAUGAUACUUGCUCUAGCUAGAGAUAAGGACCUUCCCUUGAAGAACGUGUGGCAUUUCAUUCUCGACGAAUGUGAUAAGAUGCUUGAAUCACUUGACAUGCGUAGAGAUGUCCAGGAGAUCUUCAAAAUGACUCCUCAUGAUAAGCAAGUGAUGAUGUUUUCAGCAAUCCUCAGCAAGGAAAUUCGCCCAGUUUGCAAGAAGUUCCAUGCAAGAUGUAAUCCUAUGGAAAUUUAUGUUGAUGAUGAGGCUAAACUGACCCUUCAUGGUCUAGUUCAGCACUACAUCAAAUUGAGUGAGGCAGAGAAGAAUUGGAAGUUGAAUGAUCUCUUAGAUGUGCUCGACUUAAACCAAGUUGUUGUGAUAUUUGUCAAAAGUGUUAGUAGAGCUGCAGAGCUGAACAAGUUGCUCGGUGAAUGCAAUUUCCCCUCAAUCUGCAUACAUUCUGGAAUGAUGCAGGAAGAGAGGUUGACCCGAUACAAGAACUUCAAGGAAGGACACAAGGGGAUUCUUGUGGCUACCGAUUUGGUCGGUAGGGGAAUUGAUAUUAAACGUGUCAACAUUGUUGUAAACUAUGAUAUGCCAGAUUCUGCUGAUACCUACUUGCAUAGGUUAAUUGUUGGUCGGGCUGGACGUUUUGGCACCAAGGGACUUGCAAUAACAUUUGUUUCUUCUGCAUCCGAUUCCGAUGUUCUCAGUCAGGUGCAAGAAAGGUUCGAGGUUGACAUAAAGGCGCUGCCUGAUCAGAUUGACACUUCAAUAUACAUGCCAUCUUGAGGAUUCAAGUGAAGGAUAGUUUGCUUCAAAGCAUCAUCUUGGGAUGACUACUAGAUAACCUUGUAUCUCCUGAAGAUGUUACAUCUGUACUUAUUUUCAGCAGUCUAGGUCCAAAGACCAUGAAACUAUUGGUGCUCAUGUUUUUAGGAUUUUAUUUGCAUGUCACAUUUUCUAUGUUAUUGGCAAACAUUUUGAUUGUUCGCUGCA